CAGCGGCCAAGUGUGGCAAGCCGCGCAGCCCUUGGGCCCCCGAACCCUGGAGUGGCGGGCUCUGGGGAAGGCCCCAGGACCCACAUACCUGAGGGCAUUUUGACCUCCAGAUGCAGACACUGCUCUUACCGCCUCUGGCCCUGGAACCCCAUCCCGGAGUGGGAUUCACGCUGGUGGGAGGCGUUGCCGACACCCGAUUAAACAAUAGUCGGGCCGGCGCCGCCACACGCCUGGCCGGCGGAGUCGCUCUCCUUCCACCUGGAGAGGCGCGGGGAGCCGAGGCCGCGAGGCCGCCUGAGCCCGCGCGGGUCUAAUUUUAACUGUUGAUUACAUCUUCAUGAAGACUCACUCGUGUGUCCCUCAUACGUCUUAUUUGUAAUUGAGACUAAUGAUUACUGUGGCGCGGGGAGGAGCAGCUGCUCAUUAAUUAAAUUCUAAUUAAAAGUGCCUCCCGUCCUCAGUGACUAAGGAGAAACGCUGUUCGUUGGGGCGAUCUUGACUCCUCGGAUGAAAUUCAUUUGUUAAAGCGCAUUGGACCCUCCGCGCACCCCGCCCGGCCGGACCUCGGCCGAGUGACCCGCGCCCUUGCGGCCAGGCCGGGCAGAGGCGGGGGCUGACGUCAGAGCCUCCGCCGCUUAAAGCCGCGCACAUCUGACUUGACGGGUUCGCGAGAUCGGUUUUUUUUUUUUCCUUUUUUGCAAAAUAUGUAUUUGUGUCUCCGCUGUGAGGCCGGUCGGUCCCAAAGCCCCCUUGAGGCUCUGGAUUGCGAAGCUAAAAGGAUCCCGGCGGCCGCCGCGGCUGACUCUCCUACCCGAUUAGAAAAGUUUGCCGAGCGUGUGGGUGAAUUAACCGGCUAUCCUGCUUCGCUCCCCCCAGCGCCUAGGAGCCGGCGGCCCCGGAGCAGUGGCCUCGCCGCGCCGGCCCCCGCGCACAGGACCCCACCAGCCCGCCUGCCGGCCCCGGGCCGCGCUCGCCAUGUCCUACCCGCAGUUUGGAUACCCCUACUCUUCGGCACCGCAGUUUCUGAUGACCACCAACUCUCUGAGCACGUGCUGCGAAUCAGGUGGCCGCACGCUUGCGGAAUCCGGGCCCGCCGCCUCGGCCCAAGCACCAGUUUACUGCCCGGUCUACGAGAGCCGGCUGCUGGCCACUGCGCGACACGAGCUCAACUCGGCCGCGGCGCUGGGUGUCUAUGGGGGCCCCUAUGGUGGCUCGCAGGGCUACGGCAACUACGUGACCUACGGCUCCGAGGCCUCCGCCUUCUACUCGCUGAACAGCUUCGACUCCAAGGACGCCCCUGGAUCUGCGCAUGCGGGCCUCGCGCCCGCCGCCGCCGCCGCCGCCGCCGCCUACUACCCGUACGAGCCGGCACUGGGCCAGUACGCUUAUGACAGAUACGGUACCAUGGACAGCGGCACGCGGCGCAAGAACGCCACUCGCGAGACCACCAGCACGCUCAAGGCCUGGCUGCAGGAGCACCGCAAGAACCCCUACCCCACCAAGGGGGAGAAGAUCAUGCUGGCCAUCAUCACCAAGAUGACCCUCACGCAGGUCUCCACCUGGUUCGCCAACGCCCGCCGGCGCCUCAAGAAGGAGAACAAGAUGACGUGGCCACCCAGGAACAAGUGUGCGGAUGAGAAGCGGCCCUACGGGGAGGGUGAGGAGGAAGAGGGGGCUGAGGAGGAUGCCCGAGAAGAGCCCGUCAAGAGCACCAAGAAUGAAGAGCCCCUGGGCAAAGAAGAGAAGGACCUGGAGCUCAGCGACUUGGAGGACUUCGACCCACUGGAUGCCGAGCCCCCAGACUGUGAGCUGAAACCUCCCUUCCAGCCCCUGGAUGGUGGCCUAGAACGCAUCCCCCCUGCUCCUGAUGGCCCCAGUGCCCCCGGAAAAGAGGCCUCGAGCGCCCACCGGAUGUCCCUGGCUGCCGAUGGCCGGGCUGCCCUGGACCAGGACCUGGAGAGGGCCCGGAGCUGCCUCCGAAGCGUGGUAGCUGGGCCAGAGCAGCAGCCGGGUGCGGGGGGCGGCCCGCAGGCCUGCGAGGCCAAGCUGGGCUUUGUGCAGGCGGGGACGACUGCGGGCCUCGAGGUCAAGCCGCGCAUCUGGUCCUUGGCACACACAGCUACCGCAGCCGCCGCCACCAGCCUGAGCCAGACUGAGUUUCCUUCGUGCAUGCUCAAGCGCCAGGGCCCUACUGCCUCUGCGGCCGUCUCAUUGGCGCCCCCCUCCUCCUCGCCUGCGGCCCCGGCCGCCGCCGGUGCCCUAGACAGGCACCAGGACUCCCCGGUAACCAGUCUCAGAAACUGGGUGGAUGGAGUCUUCCACGACCCCGUCCUCAGGCACAGCACUUUGAACCAGGCCUGGGCCACCGCCAAGGGUGCCCUCCUGGACCCGGGGCCCCUGGGCCGCUCGCUAGGGGCGGGCGCCAACGUGCUGACGUCGCCCCUGACUCGCACCUUCCCGCCCGCCGCGCCCCACGACGCCCCUGCGGCCGGCACUGCGAAGGAGCUGCUGGCUUUACCCAAGGCCAGCGGGAAGCCCUUCUGCGCUUAACUGGGCGGGAUCCCCGGGCCCGGGAGGAAACGGUGCUCAGGCUGCAGCUCGCAGGUCAAAGACUCCUUUUCUAACCAGUUUCCAAAGCUAGGCGAACGCGCAGCGAAGCUCAGGCCACUCGCCCACCCUAGAGGGAGGGUCUGAACUCGGUCUCCCGGAACCACGGACAAACCCCUGGCUACGUCCCGCGCCAGGUCCACCGACCACCCUGGUCAUUCCCAGAUUCAGGAGCCCGUGGGAUUAGGCUGCGCCCAAAGCAGAAGGCAGCCGCCCUGAAGCAUAAAGUUUACGUCCAAAAGUUUACAAGGAGAAGACAUUGUGGUUCCAGGCUUUAUUCGUGUCGCUGUCUUCUGGGUGCAAGGCAUGCCCCUGUUCAUUCUGAGGACCCCUCGGCCUGUUGACCUUCUGGCUUCAUCCUCGGCACAUCUCACCCGGAGCACUCCCCUGAAUAUACACUAUUGCACACUCUUGACUCGACAAAGUUAUGUUUUUUAAAUGUAUGUUCACACCAGUGAUUGCCUGCUUCAGAGGCUGAUACAACAAAACCAAUAAAACCGAGUGAUGUUUGCAUUGCAAA